CCUCAGUUUGGCUGGUGCGCCGGCCAUGCUGCGGACGCGCGGAGCCCUUCUGGGCUCCCAGCUCCUCCCCGCCGCGCUGGGCCUGGGGCCGGCGUCUGGGCGGGCGGCGUCGGGGGCUCGCGGGCAAGAGUGGCUGCAGCCUGCGGGCUACGACACGGGCGUCAAGGUGUACAACAGCCUCACCCGGAGGAAAGACCCCUUGAUCGUGAGCAGCGCGGAUGCCGCCUCUUGGUACAGCUGUGGACCAACCGUCUAUGAUCACGCACACCUUGGCCAUGCUUGCUCCUACGUUAGGUUUGAUAUAAUUCGGAGGAUCCUGACCAGGGUCUUUGGGUGCAGCGUCGUCAUGGUGAUGGGAGUCACGGACGUGGACGAUAAAAUCAUCAAGAGAGCCAAUGAGUUGAACGUGUCACCCGCCUCGCUCGCCAACCUUUAUGAAGAAGAGUUUAAACAAGACAUGGCAGCCUUGAAGGUUCUCCCCCCGACGGUGUACAUGAGGGUGACCGAGAACAUCCCUCAGAUAAUCGCGUUCGUCGCAGGGAUCAUCGCCAGCGGGCACGCUUACUCCACCGCCAGAGGCAACGUCUACUUCGACCUGCAGUCGCGAGGCGCCAAGUACGGCAAGCUGGUCGGCGUGGCCCCCGAUCCCGUGGGAGAGCCAGGUGACUCUGACAAGCGGCACGCCGGCGACUUUGCCCUGUGGAAGGCGGCCAAGCCGCAGGAGCCCUUCUGGGCCUCCCCCUGGGGAAAUGGAAGGCCUGGCUGGCAUAUCGAAUGCUCCACCCUCUCCAGCUUGGUGUUUGGGAGUCGGCUGGAUAUCCACUCGGGCGGCAUAGACCUGGCUUUUCCGCACCACGAGAACGAAAUCGCCCAGUGUGAGGUCUUCCACCGGUGCCCACAGUGGGGGAACUACUUCCUGCAUUCGGGGCAUCUGCACGUGGAGGGCGGGGAGGAGAAGAUGUCCAAGUCGCUCAGGAAUUACAUCACCAUCAAGGACUUCCUCCGCUCGGCCUCCCCCGACGUCUUCCGGCUCUUCUGCCUGCGGAGCAGCUACAGGUCAGCCGUUGACUACAGUGAUGGUGCCAUCCUCGAGGCCAGGCGCCUGCUCCACGCCGUGGCCGCCUUCGUGGAGGACGCUCGGGCCUACAUGAGGGGACAGCUGGCUGGUGGCCCCGUGCGGGAGGACGUGCUGUGGGACAGGCUGGGCCGCACCAAGGGGGCCGUGCAGGUGGCCCUGGCAGAUGACUUCAACACGCCCCGGGCGGUGGACGCCAUCACGGAGCUCAUCCAUCAUGGGAACAGAGAGCUGAAGGCGGCGGCGGAGGAGCCCCGCGGCCCCAGGAGCCCCGCCGUGCUUGGCGCCCUCGUGUCCUUCGUGGAGCAGUUCUUCGAGACGGUGGGGAUUUCUCUGGCCGAGCGACAGGUGAGGCCUUGUCUCCUCGGCCCUCGUCGGGCGCUCACUCUGCGCCGUGGCGGCCGCUGCCGCCCUCCGUGUGGGGUCAUUGGACGGGCGGGCGGCAGAGGCCAGCGGUCCCUACCGCCAGCUCGGCUCUGCACGGAGCGCGGUCUCGGGCUGCAGCAGAGCCUAUUCCUGCGCCGCUGGCCCCGCGUCCCCGCGUCCCCGCGUCCCCACCAUGCCCUUCACAGCGGAGGCCUCAUCCAGGCCGGCGGUGGGUCCAGCCGCUUGAGUCUGCGGCCCCGCCAUCUGGAACAUUCCACGGCCUCCCCGCCCUGACCACUCCUUCCCGUCGGUGCGGACGGUGGUUAAACCUGUCACUGUCUUUGGACUCGAGGCUGGCGGGGGGCCUGGGAGCUGGCCUCACCCUCCGCGGACGGUCCCUUUGGCGCAUCCCCGCUUCCCGCACCGGACGUCCCGGCCUGUCUGGCACCAGGCCCGGCCCGGCUGUUUCUCCCCGGAGCUGGGGCGCUCUUGGCAGAGAAGGUGCCCGCAUGGAGGGUCUGGGCACUUGGCUGCCUCCUGCGGUGGCCGGAAGCCCGGGGUUGCCAGCGCCACCGCCUCCCCCCCGCCCGGGCACCUGGACGGUGCGAGGGGCGUCGCCGCCGGGCGAAGGCGCCUUGGCCGGGGCCUCUGUAGCUCCUGCUCGGUCGGAGGGCGUGGCUGGCCCACCGCCUGAGGUGACCGCCGGGCCGCCCCGCCGUGUG